GGAAUCCUUGAUACCCGCACUAUGAUCCAGACAGGGGCUGCCUGGAGGUAUAAAAGCAAGACUCAUUGCCUGCUUCAUAAAUCAUCACACCAACGACCAAUCUACCAGUGAGUCGCAGUUAGCAGCACAUCCAUAAUUCUAUGACUGACUGUAUGCAUUUUCACAGGUCGCAGCAAACAUGUCCGAAUCAGCAACCAAGUCCGAUCUUCUGCCCACCAACUUCGUCGGGACCACUAUGGCCGGUGUGCAGAACGAAGAUGGGAAAUUCCGCGUCUACUACCAGAACAAAGAAUACCAGAUCUGCGAAAUGCAGUUGGACGACCCAAACAGUACGACCUAUAAAACCCUCAAACUCACCACUGGCAAUAUGCCCGCUGCCCGUAUCAACACGCCAAUCGCGGCGGUAGCAUGGGACAACUUGCGACAGAUCCGCGUGUAUUAUGUCACUGUAGAUAGUCAGGUCCAGGAGAUUUGCUACAUCCAGGGCGGCGCUGGUUGGCACAAAGGCGCGCAUUUGGGCGUAGCAGUUGAGAACAGCACCUGCAUGUAUGCGCAGCACCACAGCAAGGAGCCCGUCUUGAGGGUCGGGUUCCAGUCUUCUACUGCUCCCCAGACUAUUACAGAAACUUGUUACUAUAAGAGCGGAUGGAAGACGCGUGUAUUCUAAAUUUGGAGAGGACGUUAGUGUACAUUAGCCCACGUACUAAGGAAACAAGCCCAGAUGUAUCAGUGCCAGCUCGAGAACCUGUAUGUAAACUUGCAAUGAUACGUGUGGAAAAUAUUGGGACCAUAUUGACUAGUGGCCUCUGCGAUCAAGUUGACAAGUACCGUUUGCGAUGCAAGUGUGCCGCUUAUAGUCUAAGAAUU